AUGGAUAUUGAGCAGUCAAUUGAUUGGUGUAAACGUACACGUGCAGAAGCUGAAUUGCAUUUCGGCAUUGAACAAGCACAUUUGGCCCGGUUUUGGAACGAUUUGAAUGGCGAACAACGAAUCUCUUUAAUACGCCAAUUCGAUUCGAUCAAUAUACAAUAUGCGCUCGAAUCUUUUCAAAAAUCUGCGCAACCGAAGGCAAGAGAUAAUGACGGCAAAUGUCAAACUGUGAGUGGAACACAGUACAGGGAUAUGAAAUGUCUACAAGCGAUUGAUGACGAUCACUAUGCGGUACGUAAGCACUUCAACGAGCAACAGUUACAUGAAUUCUGGCAUAAAGGAUUAGAAGCUAUAGCUGAAUGUAAGGUAGGUGUUAUUGUGUUGGCUGGUGGUCAAGCCACUCGUCUAGGUGCAGUGUAUCCAAAAGGGACACUAAGUUUGGAACUGUCGGGUUACAAUAGUUCAGAUUCUUUGUUGGCCAUUCAAGCGGCUCGUAUUGCUCGUCUUCAGGCACUUGCGGCCGCAAAAUUCCGUGGUUCAAAACCCUUAAUUCAAUGGUUAGUGAUGACUAGUAAAGCAACCGAGAAAGAUACCGUUGAGCAUCUGAUGAAAAUUCUUCCCGAAUUUGGUCUUGAAAAAGAUCAAUUGACAAUCUUCUCACAAAAUGAUUUCCCAUGUUUUGAUGCGAACGGUCGUUUGAUGCUGUCGACAAAAUGGGAGAUAGCGACCGCACCGGAUGGUAACGGUGGCUUAUAUACGGCUAUACGACCGUACUUGAGUGCAAUGCGGGAACGGGGUGUGCAAUAUUUGCAUGUUUAUUGUGUGGAUAAUGUGUUGUGCCGUGUGGCUGAUCCACAUUUCAUCGGAUUUUGUGCACUUAAACAUGCUGAUUGUGCUGCAAAGGUAGUUGAAAAAGUGGAACCAAAUGAAGCAGUUGGUGUAGUCUGUCGUGAGUCGGGUAAGAUUAAAGUUGUUGAAUAUUCAGAAAUUUCGAAGGAAAUGGCUGAAAAACGUGACGAAAGUGGACGUUUGUUACUCCGGGCUGGUAAUAUAGCGAAUCAUUUCUUCACAAUUGAUUUUUUGGACAAUGUUUGCCAAGAUGGGAAACGUCUUGAUUUCCAUCGGGCCCAUAAGAAGAUUCCAUUCAUUGACGAUAAUGGGCAGACAGUAAAACCUGACCAACCGAAUGGUUUCAAGCUUGAGCAGUUUGUUUUCGACGUCUUUGAGUACUCAAACGAUUUCUACGUAUGGGAAGUGAGUCGUGAGGAAGAGUUCAGUCCGCUGAAGAAUGCCGAAUCAGCACACAAAGAUUGCAUGAGUACAGCACGUCGUGAUCUUUCAAAUGAGUGUCGUCGUUGGUUGCACAAUGCGGGUGCGCGAAUUGAUGGUCAAGAAAAUAUCUUUAUUCAUCCACUACGUUCAUAUGUUGGCGAGGACUUAGAAGAAUUCAGCAACACACAUCUUUCCACGCCAGUCGUUCUCAACUAUAGAUAG